AUGGGCCAUCUGCCCGAGUUUUAUGGGUCCAGCCCAAUUCUUCUUCCCACUUUAUUGUGUAGUGGACUAGUGGUUCUAUCGCAUCUCCGUCUCUUCUCGGCAUUUCGAUUGUUCGCCUGUGAAAUCCGUCGCGCUUCUCAAUCAGCUUUCUCGCCGAUCCACCGCGACCUCCGAUUCCCUUCGCAAACCCUACAGCCAAAAUGGUUGAGGCAGAAACACCUUUCAGACCAAGGGAGAAGCUUCUUGAGAAGCAGAGGUAUUUCCAGAACAUCCACAAGCAUACUUACUUGAAAGGACCGUUCGACAAGGUCACCUCUGUUGCUAUCCCCAUCGCUCUGGCCGCCAGCUCUCUGUUUCUUAUCGGACGCGGAAUCUACAACAUGUCUCAUGGGAUCGGAAAGAAGGAAUGAAGAUUGAGUGUGUGUUUUUUCUCAAUUCUUGAGGACAAUUAUUUUACUUUCGGCAUGUCAAUGCAGACUGCUGGCUUUUGAGUUUCUUGUUUAGUGCUGCGCCGCUUAAUAAUUGCAGUCAUGUAGCUAUUACCACCAUUCCAGAAGUUUAAUGUUCUUCCCUCUUGAUGGGCACUGUUUUCCCUGAUUCUUCCCUCUUGCUACCAUCAUUUUCUUUAGGGAUCAUAUAAUUGUGCUGUUGUUUCGCUUGCCAGAUAGUUCUUCCGUCUUUUGGGAUCAUUUCAUUCCCUUCAAAGUAAA